CUGUUAAUUAUCAAAGAAAGUUUUUGAACAACUUCUGAAUUAAAGUUACAAACUUUGCCACCUCAAUCCUAGUUCAUUGAAACUCCACGUGGACAUUUCAAGACCCACAAAUAUAAUCAGAGUAUCUCAAGAAUUACAUAAAUGAAUUUCGUUAUUCGUGGAACUGUAAGUAACAGAAAUGGCGCUCAUUCCUCCUGCAGCUCCUACUCUUGCAGCUAGCAGCGCACGGCUUAGCAUGCUACCUCCCAUCGUACGCGUUAGAAUCGCCAGUCGCCGCCGAUCUGUAUUUCUAGCCAACUUAUCUUCUCCGCUGCGCAGCGUCGAAGCGGUGGAUUGGGUGGAGGCGACAUCAAGCUUCUUCGAACAAGAUACCAGGCCUAUCAUGCUAUUUGACGGUGUCUGCAACUUAUGUAAUGGAGGCGUCAAGUUUGUACGUGAUAAUGACCGACAAAGGAGAAUAAGGUUUGAAGCCCUACAAAGCGAUGCAGGAAAGAAUCUACUACAGAGAUCUGGAAGAUCUCCUGAUGAUAUUUCAAGUGUUGUACUUGUAGAGAAGAACAGGUCAUAUAUUAAGUCAGAAGCUGUGUUGAAGAUCAUGGAGUACAUAGACUUGCCAUUUCCCCAACUAGCUUUCUUUCUUCAGUUUGUACCUUUAUUCAUUAGGGAUUUUGUGUAUGAAAACAUUGCGGAUAACCGUUACGCAGUAUUUGGUCGUUCAGAGUCCUGUGAAAUUUAAGUUUCGCACAUCUACAUUUUCCACCACAUCAAAUCCCCCAUGUCCCAAUGAUCCAAUGCUACACAAAAAGCUAUAUGCAUAUACUUACCUGGAUAAAGAUACUGGAGGGCUUGCAUGGGCCAUUGAAAUCCAUAGGCUUCAAAAAAAACGUCCUCCCUGCUGAGCGAAUUAGAGUACCGGUGAGUCGUCGGUUUUCCCGUUUCCUUUAGCGCCAUAUGCC